AGGGGAAGUUUCAAAGCAAGUAGGGGAGUAAUGAUGCUUAUCUCCAAUGAAUUAAUGGAGACCAAUCGUAGAGUCUUUAUCUAUACGCCACGCCUUCACCUUUUCUGCUCAUUAUAAAUAUCUAGCCAGGGUAUUCCCCUUCCAUAGCGACAAAACUAUUCUAGUUCUAGAGAAAAAGACGAAGAGUUCGGAAACCCUGAGUGAAGAAGCAUUUUAUCUAUCAAGAAAGGAAGAUGUCGAGCACUGCUGGCAAGGUCAUUCGUUGCAGAGCUGCGGUUGCAUGGGAAGCAGGGAAGCCAUUAGUGAUUGAAGAAGUGGAGGUGGCACCACCUCAGGCGUCUGAGGUUCGUCUGAAGAUCCUCUACACCACUCUCUGCCACACCGAUGUCUACUUCUGGGAGGCCAAGGGACAGAAUCCUGUAUUUCCUCGCAUCUUCGGCCAUGAGGCAGGAGGGAUUGUGGAAAGUGUUGGAGAGGGUGUUACAGAUCUGAAACCAGGGGACCAUGUCCUUCCAGUGUUCACUGGGGAAUGCGGGGAAUGUCCUCACUGCAAAUCCGAGGAGAGCAAUAUGUGUGAUCUCCUGAGGAUAAACACAGAUAGGGGUGUGAUGAUUACUGAUGGCAAGUCUAGGUUCUCAAUUAACGGCAAGCCCAUCUAUCACUUUGUUGGCACUUCUACUUUCAGUGAGUACACAGUGUGCCAUGUUGGCUGUGUCGCCAAGAUCAAUCCCUCAGCACCUCUUGACAAAGUUUGUGUUCUCAGCUGUGGAAUCUCCACAGGUCUUGGUGCCACCUUGAAUGUUGCAAAGCCUAAGAAAGGUUCAACAGUGGCUGUCUUUGGGUUGGGAGCUGUAGGCCUUUCUGCUGCUGAAGGGGCCAGGCUUGCUGGAGCUUCCAGGAUUAUCGGUGUUGAUUUUAACCCUAACAGAUUCAGUGAAGCUAAGAAGUUUGGAUGUAAUGAGUUUGUGAACCCAAAAGACCAUGACAAACCAGUACAAGAGGUGAUUGCUGAGAUGACGAAUGGAGGAGUUGAUCGAAGUGUUGAAUGUACUGGAAAUGUUGAUGCCAUGAUCUCUGCAUUCGAAUGUGUUCAUGAUGGUUGGGGAGUUGCUGUACUUGUGGGUGUUCCACACAAAGAUGCUGUGUUCAAGACCCACCCAGUGAACUUUUUGAAUGAAAGGACUCUCAAGGGGACCUUUUAUGGGAACUAUAAACCACGAACUGAUCUUCCAUCUCUUGUAGAGAAGUACAUGAACAAGGAACUUGAGCUGGAGAAGUUCUUGACCCAUGAAGUCUCAUUCUCAGAGAUCAACAAGGCUUUUGAUUAUAUGCUGAAGGGAGAAAGCAUCCGGUGCAUCAUCCGCAUGGAAGAGUAGAAUGGAUGGAAAAUAAGUAAUUUCCAGUUGUAAAAUUAGUUCAAAGUCCCAUAUGCAGUGAGUAAAAAUAAAGGAUUGAGAAAUGAGUUUGUUUGUAAUUGGGAGCUUAUGAAUAUUUCUUAAUCAAAAGGUUUUUCAGGCGGCCAGAUUUACUUAA